AUGGAGAAACACGAUAUAGAGGUGUCAGGCUCUGAUCAGCUGGAAGAGCCGUGUCAGGUGGUGCAACCUGAUAAGAUAGAUCUUGACGACCCAGAUGCUCAUUUGAGCGAGGCAGAAAGGGAGAAAAUUGACAAGCAACUACUGUGGAAACUCGACCUCAAAUUGAUUCCCUGGCUCUCUUUGCUAUACCUUGUCAGCUUUUUAGAUCGCACGAACGUCGGAAAUGCAAAGCUAGAAGGUCUUCUAAAGGACCUGCAUCUGACAGAUGGCCAAUAUGCCGCGGCUUUGACUAUAUUUUUCGUCUCUUAUUCCGUCUUCGAGCCAGUGACAAAUGUAUUGCUGAAACGGCUGAGGCCUAGCAUCUUCAUUCCCGUCAUAAUGCUCAUAUGGGGCAUCUGCAUGACUACUAUGGGAUUAACUACCAACUUCUCUGGCUUCAUGGCAGCACGAUGGUUCCUAGGCCUAACCGAAGCAGGCCUCUUCCCUGGAGUCGGCUACUUCCUGUCCUGUUGGUACAAACGAUCCGAAUUUGGUGUUCGCAUGGCGAUAUUCUUCUCUGCCGCAGCCGUGGCCGGCUCUUUCGGUGGUUUACUCGCUGCUGCCAUCGCAAAAAUGAACGGCGUAGGAGGUAAGGCUGGGUGGGCAUGGAUUUUUAUCCUCGAGGGUCUAGUUACUAUCGUCAUUGCCGUGGCAUCAUUCUGGAUGGUGCAAGAUUUCCCAGACUCGGCGACAUUCUUAUCUGAGGAUGAUCGGAAACGAGUCAUUCGACGGCUGUCACAAGAUAAGCAAUCCAGUGCCGAACAUGAAGAGUUCAAGAUGUCGUACUUCUGGGCUAGAUACAAAUCAACCAAGGCUCAACUACUCUCUGUUCCACCCUACGCAGUUGGCUGUGUUUUGACCAUUGGAAUCGGCGUGCUUGCUGACCGCACAAAAAAGCGUGGUCUAUGCAACAUUGGCGUCUCACUCCUAGGAAUAGCAGGUUUCAGCAUGCUUAUCGGCGCUAAAUCGCCAGAAGUACGUUAUGCUGGAACAUUCCUCGGUGCGAUGGGCAUAUAUCCCUGCAUCGCCAAUACCAUAUCGUGGGCCAGUAAUAAUACUGAAGGCGUGUACAAACGUGGAGUCACUCUCGGCAUUAUAAUUGGCUGGGGAAAUCUCAACGGCGUGGUAUCCUCCAACAUCUACAGAGGCCGGGACGCACCGAACUUCUUCCCGGGACAUGGCACAGUACUGGGCUACCUUAUAGUAUUCCUACUUGGCGGCAGUAUAUUGCAGCAUGUCUUGCUUCGGAUUGAAAAUGGCAAGAGAGUUCGUGGUGAGCGGAACUCGUGGGUCGAGGGACUUGAUGCAAAGAGCAUUGAAAUGUUAGGUGACAAACGGCCAGACUUUUUAUACACCCUUUAA